AUGACAAAUUUAUCUGACAUUCCUCUUGUAGAUGUUUUUAAAGGGGUCAUUCUGGAUCACUUGAUGAGGGAUGGGUUUUUACGCCGGCCACCGGAGAAUUUUUUUAUCAAACACAGAGCAAAAAUUUUAACAUGUGCCGCAGUUACUGGUGGUGCUCUUUUAGGCCCAUUUGCAAUUACUGGGGCAGUGGCAGCAUUAGGAUUUGGUCAAGCUGGUAUUGUAGCCGGAUCCACUGCAACAUGGAUGAUGUCAUUAUAUCGUGGAUAUGUCACCGCUGGUAGUCUUGUAUCGAUUUUACAAUCCGUUGGUGCCGCCGGCUUAGGUGCUGGAGGAGUCAUUGCCGCUAAUUUGGGGGGUGGCGUUUUAGGUGGAGCAGUUGCUAGUGCAAUAUCAAGUAUAUUAGAAUCAAAUUCCGAUGAGUUACGAGAGUUAGAAACUUUUCUUACCAUUAGAUGCGAAAAUGAUGCGCACACAACAAUGGUUUUGGAUAUCAAUUUUACUGGUAACGAGGAUGAAAAACUACUAUCACUUCUUAGAGGGUUUGACUUGGCUCGGCAAGUUGCCGGCUCAAGGGUUGGACAAUUCAAAUUUAUAAUUGGAGAAGGAUCCAAUAUUUUGUACAACUUUUUGGUAGAUAACUAUGGUGGUGAUCGUGUUACUUUGACAACGCCGAUUAGUUUUUUAAAUCUAAAUGAUUAA